CAACCAGGCUGGCAGGCAGUUGUUACCAUGCAACCAGCUGCUGUAUACAUAGCGCGCGUGUGUGUAUGUUGCUAACCUAGCUAGUUAGCUAGCCAUCAAUAAAGUUCCCAAUGUUACAACAUGGCAGACGGCUGGAGCACCGACACCGGAGAGGCUGCCUAUCGUUCCCGGGAUGCUGUCAAAAACCUUACAAUUAAGAUCCGUAUUCAGAGAGUCACCUCCACAGCAGCCCUCUCCCAACACCUUCAGCAGCAGGUUUGGACUCAACAGGAGAGGGGAGGCAUUGAGCUGGACACCCUCAACUCACAGACUCAAUCAGCAUUCCCAGAGUAUGGUGACGCAGGUCAAGUCCAAUCCUACCUUACUGGCACAUAGGAUGGCCAAUGUCAGACACAGACGACAGGACAGACGCCCCGCUCAUUUACAAUUGCGACCUGGCCAAGAUAAAGCAAAGCAGUUCGACACAUAC